AUGGACGUGAAAGUAGCAACCGAGGUGGCCGAGAAUUUCCCUGCUUGGGAACACAAAUUGAACUUCCUCAAGACUUCUGUUGGUAAGACCUAUCAGGAGUUGGAAGUCGACAGGGAUAAGUUGGAGCGAGAGCGUCUAGCCAGGGAGCGCACCCGCAGACGAGAGGAGGCCAGGAAGGCCGAGGAGCGCCACAAACAAAUAGAAGAGGAGGAGGAGAAGAUCAAGAAGGCGACUAAGGAGCAUCGUCGUCGUGAAGAAGAGGCCAAGCAGGAAGAGGCGGCAAAGAAGGCAGAGGAAGCUGCUCGUGGCAAAACUUUCCUAGCCUCACAGACGACAGUUGCAUACCUAUCAACCCAUCCUGCGAGCGGCUCUGCGCAUGCACGGCGCAUGUUGUUGAUCAGCGACCCUGUCGCCCUCUACCCGGUUGUCUUCCGUUGGUACACCUCCCACAUCGCCCAGCUGCCUGCUUUUAUAGCCAUGAUCGAUGCUAUUGCCGAGGCUUCUCGUGCCUCCAAGCAGCGCCACCACCAGGAGAUCCUGCAGAAGGAGGCCGAAGAGCGUGUCAGCCUCCAGUCCCAGAGGACUCUCCAGAACAAGGUUAUGCAGUGGAGGUUCAAGGACAAGGAGCAGCUGUAUGCCAACCACGACAAGGAGAUGCUGAACAUGGUCAACGACAACGGCAUCAUGAAGGCCCAGGUGCUUUCCCCGGGCUUCCAAGCGCCACCACACGAACCACCGAUGGAUACCUUACCGACAUUGUCCUUUGAGGACAAGGUCCUCGUUAGCAACCUACCCAAGAUCAUGAAGAACGCCAACCCGGAGACCCGGGCUAUAUACUGGAAGAUCAUUGAUGAGAUGUUCCAAUCUGUGCGCAACAUUCAAGCGGAGUACGUCGGUCAAGACCCUUCCGAGAGCAUGUAUCCGCCAGUCAGUCACUACACCGCGACUAUCAGUCAUGCCGAGCAUGUGUCUACUCUCGUGAUGAAAAACACCGAUUUCACCGACCGCACGAACCCACCUCAGACCGAUGCCGAUGGCGAUGCCGGUCAGGGAAAGAAGCGGUCGAGAAAUGACAAUGACAGCAUGGAUGGCGACGAUUACCUCGAGCGUCAGUCGCGUGCCCCCAAGAAGGCACGGCUGCAGCAAGGCGCCAUCGUACAGCAGGCGGAAUUUGCACCGCAAGAAGAUUUCGAACAGCCAACCAUCGUACAGCAGGCGGAAUUGGCACAGCCAGGACACUUCGACCACCAAGACAUGGAGCUACCCAUGCCGGGAUUUGCGCAGAAAGGGCAGUUCGACUACUAA